AUGAAAUCUUUUGUUUGGCCACUUCUAUUGGCCUUGGCUGCUGCCGCUGAAGGUCAGUCUUCGGGCAGAAACCCUGCCAGCCAGAGUGUUGGAACCAACAACAACAACAACGGCAACAACAACAAUAACAAUAAUGGUAACAACAACGGCAACACCAACGGCAACAACUAUUUCAACAACUACUGGAGCUCCAUCCUCAACCAGGCCCAGGGAAACAAAGAGGCUGACAACAGCCCUCUGUCGACGGCAGGAACCUCGCCUACGGACACUGCUUCUCGGUCUUCUCCGGGUAGUCCCUUCCAGGACUGGACAUCCAUCGUACCCAACCCUUCAGCGUUUUUUGGAGCCCAAGCAUCGCAGUCUUCUGGGACGCCACAGACUCCUCAGACGUCGCUGACAUCGCAGUCCUCUACUGCACCACAGACUCCUCAGACGUCGCUGACAUCGCAGUCCUCUGCGGCACCACCAGCUCCUGGUACAUCGCAGACCUCGCAGACUACUUCACCUACUCCUGCUACGUCGAGCUCAUCAUCCAGCCUGGCAUCGGGACCUUUGUUUGCUCCAACCUCCGCUCUGUCCAGCGCCCCUGCGCCCGCUCCGUCUAGCAGCUCUUUAAGUACAUCUACCCCCGGUACUUCCACCCCCGGUACUUCCACCCCCAGUACUUCUUCAACAAAGACGUCUUCACCAGCCACCCCAACGACUGAGUCGUCCUCCAGCUCUGCCCCUCCAACUACGUCCACUCCCUCUUCGGCAGAGGCUUCGCCGCUGAGCUCCAGCUCUUCGUCAUCGAGUCCAUUCUCCACGUUGGCUCCCAGCGAUGCAACUCUUUCCACAGAAUCAUCGACUCAAUCGACAGAGUCCUUCACCCAGGCUGACGUUCUGUCGACCCUGUCAUUGCUGUCGUCAUCGCUGACAUCACCCACGACAAUUUCGCUGAGCUCUUCGAUGAGCUCUUCGCUGAGCUCCUCGUCUUCGUCCCUUUCGAGCCUGAGCAUAAGUACCUCUUCGUCCUCACCAUCGAGCCUGAGUCUGAGCCUAAGCCUGAGCUCUCUGAAACUGGGCUGGUUGAAUGACAUCUUGACGUCAGACUCCUCAUCGCUGACUUCGUCAACUUCAACGCUUUCCCCAACGACAUCGAGCCCACCGCCAACUCCGCUGUCGCUGUCCACUGAAAUAGUGGCUACAUCUCUGCCAAGUAGCCAAUCUAGUCCCCUGUCUUCAACGCCGUCUAGUGGGGUAAUUGACACUUCGUCGCCUCUUCCAUCAUCGGCGAUGUCAACUGAAACAUCUGGGUUGGAUACAGAGGCCCCGCUGCCGCUGACGUCGUUAUAUCCUUCUAUAGGGCCGACCUCGUCUACUGGCUCGUCUACUCAGUCUUUCGAGAAUCCCAUACUAUCUGGGGGGUCGGACAGCACCUCAUCUUCAACGCCAACAUCGGAAAGCUCUAAUGAACCGCCCUUAGGCAACCAGAUCCCUACUAGUGAACUGAGCUCGGGUGUGCCAACGUCAUCAAGUGCAGACUUCUCUCCCGUGACUACGUCAAGCUCUACUUGGCUGUCAUCCACUCCUAGUGAGACCACGAACGCUGCUAUUACAUCGCUGUUGACGUCUUCAUCGUCAACUUUCGAGCUGUCGGAGAAUGCCUUAACUUUGAGUUCAAGUACAGAUGCGUCAUCUCCGGUGCUGUCUAGUGAAACUUAUGAGCCGGUAACACCUGACACCUCGUCAUUUCCAGCUACGUCAUCGGCGCCAGAAGUGAGCUCGAGCCCAGCAUCGUCGUCCACUCCGUCUAAUCCUGUCACUUCAUCGACACCGGAUGUCGGGUCUAGUCCAACGACAUCGUCGACCCCAUCUUCAUCAUCGACACCAGCGGUGAUCUCGAGUCUAACGACUUCAUCAUCACUUCCCCCUACCGUCUCACAGCCCAUUUCAAGUCCAUCGACGACGCUGUCUUCGAGCUUCCCUGAGUCAACUACGUCGUCGGACUCGGCUGUUACUCCAGCAGCCACCACUUCAUCCUCGCUCGUGUCAGAACCGUCGACGCCCACUUCGAGUUACGCGGUCACCACUUCGAGUGCCUCCCUGCCUUCCGCGGAGUCCGUUUUACUGUCACCUUCGGAAUAUCUGUCUGUUUUGUCUUCUUCUAGUGAGACACCUUUGGCUUUGACGACAUCUGGCUCUACGCCAUCUGCUGUGCUGUCUGUCAUCGAAUCACAGCAAAGCAGCUUCACAAGCCAGGUUUCGCCCUCAAGUGUGGUGUCUCCAUCUUCGGAGCUCGCACCACCAGUCGUCUCAUCCACGGAAGCAGUCAGUCCAUCUCUGGCGCCAACAGGAUCUUCCACUUCUCAAGUCUUCUCAGGAGAACCCUAUGUGCAAACAUCGCCAGUGUCUCAGCAGCCAGUUGUUUCACUGCCAGUCACAUCUCAGUCGCCAGCACCUACCAGUGCUACACAGACACCUGCAGCCCCAUCUUCCCCGGAAAUUACCGCAUCUCCUCAGGAGCCAGCAACCCUGUCGACGAAGAACUGGUUGCCAACACAAAUUGUCGUUGAGUCCAGUCACACUGAGGGUGAUAGCUUUACUUCUGCCACCACUGCUCCUACUAAGACUUCUGGUUUGCCGGAGGCGAUCACUCCAGCGGAGACUGCUUCUCCUGGUAAGGACUAUGACCUCAUUUACAUUGGUUUCAAGGAAGGCUUGAACUAUCCGUUUGUUGUCGAGAACUCAUUGUCAUCUGCCCAAAUUUUUGAAUACCUUCCUAGAGUAUUGCAGUUCCCAUUCGGUGACAAGGAAGAGUACAAUGGCACCCUAGUGAGCAGAUUGGUGCCAUACCACGCUGAAGGUAUUAACUAUGUGAUCACGGUCGCGGAAGUUUACUUCCCCCUGAAUGCUGUCAAGGCCUUGUCCCUGCUCAUUUUGGAUGACAGCUCCAAGUUGUACAGAAAUCCUGAUCAGACUGAAGCUAAAUUGGCUGCGCUUAUAGACAAGAGAAUUCCAAUAGUGGGGUUGAACACCGGGCUGGGCUCUUCACUGGAUAACUCAAACCAGAAUAAUGGUUCUUAUGAUUCAUCAAACAGUCCUGUGAAGAAGAAGGGUACUAUUGCUGGUGUGGCAACGGGUGCCGCUGUUGGUUCCAUACUCUACAUGUCUCUUAUGGUGCUCUUAUUCAAGAAGUACAAAAAGAAGAGAGCUCUUCAGCUUCCCUCCUCUGACAACGAGAGCUCCUUGGACUGGAGCUCCCAUGGUGAUUCCCAUGGACAAUCAAACACAAACUCUACGGGUUCUACGCGCCCUGAGAUUUCUGAGCCUGUGAAUGCUUUCAACUCACUUGGCUGGUCAUCAUAG